UCCAGAUAUCAUUGUUGUGUAUGACAGGCCAAGAAGAAGAAAAUGCUCCUUAUCUGGGAACCCAUCUUUCCGCUUCUCUUGUGCAUCCUUGUUCUCUUCUUCUUCACCUUCUUCUCCACUCCACUCACGAGAGAAAGGCAUCGCUCAGCACGUCUUUCUCUCGCUCGCUCGCUCAACCCUUCCCCCUUUUUGGCACCGGUAUAGGUGAGUUGGUGGCUUGCUCUGGCGCAUGGCAUCGGAUGAAGACGGGGGUUGUGUGUGUGGUGGGUGAGGGGUCUUCCAGAUCGAGGCGACGCGCUAGUAGUGAGGCUAGGUACUUGCGCGUUUCUAUUCUCAAUUCCGGUUGUGGAGCUGUUGUUGGACGGAAGUGCUACACAACCACACACGCCGGGGCGAUGCCGGCUCAGAGGUCGGGCGAGUACCGGGUCCGGGUCACGCGCGCACCGCGCCUCCCUUGGUCUUCCCCAUCUUUUUCCAUUCCCGGAUCAUGGCCAAAGCAUGAAUGGGUCGAUCUUCGCCGGAUGGAAAAGUGUCCGUUCAGAGGCCCCUCGUUUGGAUUCUUGGCCGGCGAGAUCAUUUUCACGGCUGAACUCCACCAAGUCAUCAAGUUGUCUUGGGGGGGAGCCAGGAAAAGGACAACGGAUUGUG